AUGGAGAAGGCGAGGAGGACGAGUUCACCGUCAUGGACGGCCGCCGUGGCUCUGGUGUCCCUCUUUGCGGUCGCCGGCGUGGCCGCGGCGGGGGCGCCGCCGCCGAGGAGGAUCCUGGUGGACACGGACAUGGACACCGACGACCUCUUCGCGCUGCUCUACAUCCUCAAGCAGGACCGCUCCCAAUUCGACGUCAAGGCCAUUACCAUCAGCGCCAACGCAUGGAUCGACGCCGGCCACGGCGUCGACCAGCUCUACGACAUCCUCUACAUGAUGGGCCGCGACGACAUUGCCGUCGGCGUCGGCGGCGACGGCGGCAUAUCGGAGGCUGGAGAGAUACACCCCGACGUCGGCGGCUACCUCCCCCUGAUAGACCAGGGCAUGUCGACGGUGGGCGGCUGCCGAUACCGGCAAGCCGUCCCGCCGGGACGCCGUGGCGGGCGCCUCGACACCGACACCAACGGCGGCCUCCGUAGGGGCUUCCUCCCGCAGGGCCACCGGGGGUACGCGCCGCUCCGGCAGCCCACGGCGCAGCAAGUGAUGGUGGACACGGUGUCGGCGGGCCCUACCACGCUGCUCCUCUUUGGGACCCACACCAACGCCGCGCUCCUCCUCAUGGCGCACCCGCACCUGAGGCGCAACGUGGAGCGCGUCUACGUCCUCGGCGGCGGCGUAAGGGUGGCGGGGAACCUCUUCACCGCCUACGGCGCCAACCCGUUCGCGGAGUUCAACGUGUUCGGCGACCCCUUCGCCGCCUACCAGGUGCUCCACUCCGGCGUCCCCGUCACGCUCGUCCCUCUCGACGCCACCAACACCAUCCCGGUCACCGAGGAGUACUUCGCCGAGUUCGGCCGGCGGUGGCAGACCACGCCCGAGGCGCGCUACUGCUUCCAGUCGCUCGACCUAGUCCUGAGGAGACACAGAAGGCCGGCUCCCGGCCUCCAUGGCAGCACGGGCUAUUACAUGUGGGAUUCCUUUGCCGCCGGUGUGGCUUUCUCUAGCAUGCGCAAUGGCGACGCCAAUGGCGCAAAUGACUUUGCUGAGCUAGAGUACAUGAACAUCACGGUGAUCACUUCCAACAAACCGUACGGCGUGCGCGACGGCUCGAACCCGUUUUUCGAUGGCCGCGCGACGCCCAAGUUUGGUCUGAAGGUGGGUGGUGUUCACAGUGGCCAUGUCCAGACUGGGAUCGGAGAUAGUUUCUGCUUGGUGCCGGGAAGCAACGCAGGUAGAUGCCAGGAUGGAUACACCAAGGAAGUGACUGGUUCAGAAGGAGUCCGCGUUCGUGUUGCCACGAGCGCGAAGCCAAACCCGGUUUACAAUAGCGCGUUUGAUAGGGAAUUUUCCAAGAACUUCCUAGAGGUCCUAAAUCUCGCUAAACAAGCUGGUCGAUUUAACAUCAGUACGCAAUUCCCAUAUUACAGGGAAGUUCUUUAUAAGCCAGAUUUCAUAAACGUGAGCAGGGGAAAGCCAGUUAUUUUUGACAUGGACAUGAGCCCUGGAGAUUUUGUUUCUCUUAUAUAUCUCUUGAAGGCACCAAGAGAAGUUAUAGAUCUAAAGGGAGUUUUGGUCAAUGGCAAUGGAUGGGCGAAUAUCGCAAGCAUCGAUAUCAUUUAUGACAUUCUACAUAUGAUGGGCCGCGACGACAUUCCAGUUGGCCUUGGCAAUACCACUGCAAUGGGGAAUCCAACCCUUGGUUGCAACAAUGUGUAUGCUAUUCCGUUGGGCAGUGGUGGAUUUAUCGACUCCGAUACAUUGUAUGGACUGGCUCGGUUAUUGCCAAGAAGUCGAUCAGAUACACUCCUGAAAGUACAGAUGAUCCAGAACAUCGGCAGCCACUGGCUUUUGAAGUUGUGGCAGUCUGUCAGGAGGCAACUUUGUCCAGGUGACAAGAUAACUCUUCUUACCAGUGGACCUCUCACCAAUUUGGCCAACAUUUCACUCUCUGACAGGGAUGCAAGCUCUGUGAUAGAGAGAGUUUAUGUUGUUGGAGGGCUCAUCAGAGAUGGAGGUCAUGAGAAGGGGAAUGUGUUCACUGUUCCAUCGAACAGAUACGCAGAGUUGAACAUGUUUCUUGAUCCUCUGGCUGCAAAAACAGUCCUGGAAUCCAAUCUGAAUAUCACACUCAUUCCCCUUGCAGCGCAACGAAAAGCUGCUUCAUUUGAGUCUGUCCUGGAAGCCUUGGAGCAAACCCAGCAAACUCCCGAGUCAAAGUUUGUCCGAGAGUUAUUUGCAUUAUUGAAGGAACUUCGGAUCAAAGAGAAGCUCUAUCAUCAUGUGGAUAUAUUUUUGGGAGAAGUUCUUGGUGCGGUUUACAUGGUUCAAGGAUCUGACCUGAAAUCGACAGUAAUGCCCAAGCGAAUAAGCGUCGUUGCCAACACAACGAAAAGCACAGAUGGGCAGAUUGUGAUCAGCAAUCAGAGUUCAAAUCUGGUGCAUGUGUUAAGUGAUUUCAAUGGUGAUAUAUAUUACAAUCGAUUGGCAAAUUCUUUAGCGAACAAGAAGCAAUCCGCCAUUAUUGCGAACUUCGAAGAACAAAAGGCAAUUUGGAGCAGGCUGCCAGAUAAUUCAGGGCCUAAACAUACCAAAUUCUUAUAG